UUCGUCUUUUUCAGAUUUUUUACUUAUUUCGACUCAUUUGUACUCCAAUGGCAGAGGAAGAAACAGCUGAUAUACUUUCCUUUGUAAGAAACGUUGCACACCUCACGAUAUCUCAUUUGUUGAGUGCCAAGCGUGUAUUUUUACGAUAAAACGCAAUGAAAAAAAUAGUCUACACAAGUUUCUAAAGGUUCUCUAAAUGGUAUUUAAUAAGAAGAAGGUGCGUGAGUAGUCAGUGUCGUGCUUCAGGGAUGUUAUGACAGAAUUUAUAUUUACUUGUCUUGAGUCUUCAGGAGGAAAUUUAAAGAAUUUGAACAAGCAGUGUCAUUUCUUCAAAAAAUUAAAAUGAACUCAGAGGAAGGUCAAGAGGCGAACGGUGAACAGUCAGGACAGGAGUCGAAAACCUGCAACGUGGUUAAAAUACAGAACAGAGCUUCAGAUGAAUUCAAAUUGAACAACAACGUUGAAACGACUGACAAGUGCUCAUCAUCCAACGAUACAGUCAUAAUAUCGAACGGAUCACAAUUACAAAAUACCGAAGUGUCCAACAAUUAUUCCUCUUCAGACAAUGGACACUUUUCAGAAAACACAAAUCUCUCUCCUUCAUUUUUGGUUUUGAAUCUCAGAUCUCAGUCUGCAAACAGCUCUGAAUCAAGUAUCUCUAAUCACAGAUCUACAGCUUUCCCGACAAAUUUGAAUCUUCCCCAAGGGAAUCAGUCUCCCCUUUCCGCGAUCUCCAAUGAUUAUCAUUCAAGUGCGGUAGUGCCUCGUUCCUCGGAACAAAACAGUUCUAGGAACUGUAAUAGUUCCGAAUCAUCUGCGGGGUGCUCAGCAUUUUCAAAUGUUUUCGCAAAAAAUUCUAGCGAGGAUACGGAUAUGAGGAAUAAUGUGGAUUACACUUCGGAUAUAGAUAAAUGUCCACCGAAAGUUUCUUACAGUUCGGAUUCGAGUCCAGAGGCUGACGAUAAGUUGUCCUCGAAAUGUGUUUUAAAUAAUAUUGGAGGCAGUAUCGGAUCAACAAGUCAGGGGACUUGUUGCUUUUUGAAACCUAAUAUCAACGGGAGCAAGGAUGGAGCUGGGCCCAGUGGAUUGCAAAGAGAGUUUCCUAGAACGCAGAAUGAUCGUCGAGAUUCUAGUUCUGGAAAUGAAGGGGAUUUAUCUGAUGAAGAAGAUCAUUGUAUUUACACCUACAAGGGGGACGAUGAUGAUAUCCAUUUGGAUUUAAGGCAAGAAGUAAAUCAAAGGCUUCAGGACAAACCAGAAGGUCGCGAGAGCGGAAGAUCUAGUCCAGAAAUGGAUUUUUUAGAAAUGGAUUUCGAUCCUGGGCCUUCUUGCGAGCAGGAUACGGGUGAUAGUGACAUGGCUUCCAUUAACGAAGAUAUUCAAAACAUAGUUUUGGAUAACGUCGAACCGGACCCAAUUUUAUUGAACGAUUUAAGCAGCGCUAAAGUCGUUCUUCGACAAGAGGUGUUGCAAAUUCCUCAGGAACCACAGCCGAGUACAUCGAAAGUCAGUCAACAAAUUGAGGAGGAAAAUGUCGACGUAAAAGCAAGCACAUCAAAAGAUUCGACCCCGAAACAAGCUCAAUCGUCCUGUUUACCGAGUACGAGUAUUGGAACCAAACUCGGACCCGAACAGAUCGCGGACUCUGGUGAGUGUCGCACCACAAGCAGAAGUCGCGAUUUGAGUAACUUGCUUGAUUGCAGCUUCUUGUUCGCUCCAGAGCAUCACUUUCUCAACGGGCAAGGAAGCAUCAAGCCUUUCAUCACAGAAUUCGAAUUAUCAGCCGCAGAUGUUGAGGCAUUAUCAGCCCAAAGUUCUGCGUCUACUUCUCUACUGUCUCCAGGCGAAAUAAGAUCACCGCUGAUGGCCCUCGAUGUGCCUUUCUCUCUCGAGGUCUUAGUAAAAGGAGUUGCUACCAGGGUAAGAGAACCUGGUGCGGCGUUACCGAGAUAUUUAAAAAGCCGAUCCUUAGCCGGGGCAACUCACAGGGAUAUUGAAAGAGGCAUACAUUUAGCAACGAAUGGUGCGGCGGUAACAAAGUUUUUUGCCUUUUAUCCCGAGAGGAAGGUUUCGUUAUCACACUGGCUUCACUACUGGAUUACCAGAGGUGCAGUUCCUAUAGCAACGUUAAAUCUCCAACAUUGCGGAGAAGGCUGUAAUAUUCCGGAUGCUUGGCAUCAUCAAAUGAUAUUUGGUGUAGGCCCAGCAGGAAUUUACAUGACGAAUCCUUUGCAGUGUUUUCCAGAACAGGUUUUGUGGCAUCAGCUUGCCAGUCCCAGUGUUUUAUUAAUUCGUCGCACAGAUAUUUUGUCGCAUUGGAAUCCAUCCACAGAUUUGACACCGCUCAUGUCCUUCGACCAUAGGUGGAGAAAACUCAACGUUCUUGGCCAAGUUGUGAAUAUGAUAAGGGAAACAAUGGGCGAAAGGAAUCAAUCCGCAGUAACAACUGGAGCAUCACAUGUUCGCAUUCCCGCUUCUUACCAAGCUGGUAUAACUUUGGUUAUUCGCUCAGACUCCGAAGCAGCAGACGAACUCUCGCUUUCUGAACAAUUACCAUUACUCUAGUCUCUUCAACUGAAGUGUCUUUCUUAAAGCUUCAACCCUACGAAUUACUAGACUAGCCCGAAUUAGUGAUAAAUGCAGAGAGCUCAAUUGUACUUCGUUUUGAUUUCCGAACAAAUUAUUCAAAACUGCGAACCACAUAAACAAUUCCAUUUUGCUUCAGCCACCGGAAAUAGAAUUUCGCACAAAACUACAGUACAAUAGCAAACAAUUGUUUCAUACCUAAGUUCUGUAAAAAGAAACCCUGAAAUGCCAAGAGUCACAUCUGAUUUUCAAGCACUGUAAAUAAGCCAAACAAACCGUCAUAUUUCCGAAUAUGAGUACAAAGAGACGUAAGUCGAAAAUAAUUAUUUUUAGGUUGGAAAGAAAUAUCAAUGUGUUAACAAAGUUAAGUAUCAUUUACACCCAGCAAAUGGAUUCUGUUACAAGCUCCGACAAUACUUCCGGAAAUCUUGCACUCGUUACUGAAGCUCCAAGGCAAACUUGUUUAGUUUAUAAUAUGCGAUAAUAUACUAUAUGAUAGACGUGUCAAAUACUGUACAUACACUAGAACUUACUGUACAAAUAGUUGAUCCCUGACGAGACACACUAAUGUACAGAGAAACAGAAUACCGCCAGCAUGUCUAAUCUAACGCAAAAAAGCUAGCUCAACACCUAAUUUUGGGCUUCACCUUGUUUUAUAACUAAUAAGAGAUCCAGAAAUGGUUUACAAAUUGAAAAUAAAAAGUUAGCUCUUAUUUGGAUCUUAAUGAAAGCUUGAUUAAAGCCACUGCCAAAAUGUUAGUGAGAUUAAAUCGUAUGUUAAGUUCGUUGAAUUUCGAUUAAUGUUGAAUUAUGACUAAAGUUUGAUCACGAUAAAAAUUUGACUUUUUUCGAUUCAGUAGAGCAGUUUGAACUGCUGCCUCUCAAUUCUUGUUAGAUUGUUGUGCCUUGCAGUACUCUAGGUUAAACCGUAGUUUGUAUAUUGUAUACAGAUAUUUGAUAGCAUUCUGUAUGAAAUAUAACGAAAUGAUUAUAUUGGAUAA